AUGAGCGGGGUUCAAGGGCUGGGGGGCGUGGGGUCGGGCCGCCUGCCCGCUUGCCUCCCUCCUUCCCUCCGGGACGCGAGCCGAAAAGGCAUCUUACUUACCAGCGCCCGCGCGGCCAGUGCCCCUCGGCUGGCCGGCUGCUGCGCGCGGGGUGCUCCGGGGCCGCCUCCUCGCGCCCGCGCCGGCGGCCCCCGUCCUCCUCCGCCUCCGCCUCCGCCGCCUCCUCCUCGGGCUGCAGCCGGCUCGGCGGGCAGGUCCCGGCGCUCGCGGCGCGGGGCCGGGGGCGGCUGCUCCGCGCCACCGACCGCUGCACCCCCGCGGCGUUCCCCGGCCCCGGAGUCGAGGCUGCUGAAAUUCCACACGACCAGCGUCUGCAGCAGCAGCACGAUCCUAAUUUUAAGGGAGGAAAGUGAAGGAAUAAAGAGGAUCCAUCACAGGAGGCAGGGAAGAGAUGGUUUCAUCCACUCAACGACAGUCUGUGGACAUCAAGCUGUGUCAGACACUGGGCAAGGUGCAGGAAUCCAAAGGAGACCAGCAACAUCCCAGAGGCUGCUCCAGAGACUAAACUUUGACCCUGGAAUUGAAGACAACUUGAUGCAGAGUCCGAUCGGACCUGUGAUGAGCGCUGACAUGAGACAUGAGCAAGAAAUAAACCUCUGCUAUUCUGAGGCAUAG